CACCUCAACCUAUUUCCCCUUCCCCUUCCACUAGGUACUACAAUGGCGCCAUUCAAAUAAGCACCCAUAAUGUGAUCUUUAGAGGUCCAAACAUUACAAUAGCUAGGUUCGCCAUCUUUUUCGAAGAGUUGGACGAGAUUAGUAGGAGGAGACACACUCCAACCUUAUUAAUAUUUGUCUUUCCAUGUUCCUCUGCUACUGGUGCUACUGUUCUUCUGAGACGCUUCUUCCAGGUCCAGAGACCAUGUGAGUUUGUCACAUUUAGCCUAAAAUGGAGGAGAACCUUCCUCCUGGCUUUAGAUUCCACCCCACUGACGAAGAGCUCAUCACUUACUACCUGAUCCGUAAGGUCUCGGACUUCGGAUUCACUGCUAAAGCCAUUGCGGAUGUUGAUCUCAACAAGCACGAGCCUUGGGACCUCCCAGGGAAGGCAAGCAUGGGGGAGAAAGAGUGGUACUUCUUCAGCUUGAGGGAUCGCAAGUACCCCACCGGGAUGCGUGCCAACCGAGCAACUGACGCGGGUUACUGGAAGACAACAGGCAAAGACAAGGAAAUCUUCCACUGUGGAGUCUUGGUUGGGAUGAAGAAAACCCUGGUGUUCUACAAAGGAAGAGCUCCCAAGGGUGAGAAGACCAACUGGGUGAUGCAUGAGUAUAGGCUCCAGACCAAGUUCGCCUACAGAACCACAAAGGAGGAAUGGGUUGUGUGCAGGGUUUUCAAAAAGAGCUCCGAUGGUAAGAAGACGCAACCGUACCCUUCACCAUUGUCAACGUUGCUCGACUCUCCAUGCAGUACAACCUCCUUAAAUGAGCUCGGAGAGCUUGACGUGUCAACCUUAAGCAAUCUCGUCAACACCUCGAACGGUCCCGCUAGUAUGCAGAAUGAUGGCAGCAUCAACAACAAAGUGGAUAUGAACAUGUACAUGAGUUGGGUCUUAGCUAGAGAUGCCACAAGCCAAACUUCGCUUCCAUUGUCAUCAGCCUUGUUAGGCGUGGGCUAUUCACCAAGUCCAGCGAUAUUGAAGGCAAUGCCAUUCAACGGUUAUCAACCACAAGGAGCCACCAAUCUCGCAAGCUCAAGUUCCUUCGCAGUGCAAGGAGAUCCGAUCCUUGGAAGUGAACCAAAAUUGAGCUUCCCUCCCUCUUCCUUUAGAGGUACAGAGGUCACACAACAAGAGCAGCCACUGGAUCAAGAAUCAAUUUGGAGAGGGUAUUGAUUGUGUGAAAGACUAUCUAUUCAAAUUUUGAGUUUUUCUUGGUAUAAGGUGUUAAGGUUGGCUAAAUGGGAUCAAACCCUUGAAGUGCAGAAUUAAAUUUCUCGGUUCAUCAGUUGUUAAGUAGGUAUUGUUAGAAAGCAAAUGUAUAGAUGGAACAAAAGUUUGUCCAAGUUAUAAUUAAUAUGUUAUCAAAUGAAGCUGUCUUGGUUA